AGCAAUCCAAGCAAGGAAUUAAUUCUCUUCUUCAUAUCUAUUACACAUGUCAAACCAAGUUCUAUCUCUAUCAACACCAAUGGUUUCACAAAACCAUGCCAUUGAAACUGAGGAGGCGAUUAUUGUGGAACACGUUAAAGCUACACAUGAUCCCAAAGGUGAAAUGGAUGUCGAUGCAAGUUCUAUUCUCAAUUUUGUUGAUGACAUUUUCAACUCCGAAUCCGAUACGAUUCCUCAAGAAGCAAUGCAAGACAAGUUAAUGCUAAAAGAAUACAUCCAGAAUGAGAUUCCAUCUCAUGUAUUACAACUCUCCUUAAAGGUGGUGUGUAGUUGUUUAAAUAAUGUUGAUAGUCACUCAAUAGCAAUUUGUAUACUAAGUGCACUAUCAGUGUAUCCAUGGCACACUAAAGUAGUAAUGAUGCUCGCUUCAUUUGCGAUCAUCUAUGGAAAGUUUAAAGUUGUCUCAAAUUCACGCCAACAAAGAGGAUUGACAUACAACUUGGCUCUUUCAAAGCAAAUGUCUUCCUCUAACCCUAUCAAUUUAGAGGAUAACUCAAUAAAGUUUGCCUUAGAUCUCGUCAAGCUUAUGGUUGAGCUUGAACAUUAUUCAUCUUCUAUGAUUGUGGCUAACUAUUGGAUGGCAAGAUUUGUUGUUUCUUAUACCCGACUUUGUAUUUUGGGCCCCGAGUCUCAAAUUCAACUAACUGAACAGUCCAAGUUAUCCACCAAAAUCAAAGAGAUCAUGACUUCUAGCCACUCACUACUAGAGGCGAAAAGGGCAGAAGAAAAUUAUCAAGCAUUGUUGCAUGCUUUUGAUAAUUCUUUGGAUAUUUUGGAGGUUCUUAAAUUAAUAUUUGAUAUAAAAAGUGGUGAAGACGAAGUAAUUCUUCAUCUCCGCCCUGUGGUGACACUUGAUCGUGAACAAUCAUAUGGUGAUGAUGUAAUAAAGAGAAUUUCUCCAUCUCGAUUAGAUAUGUUCCGAGGGGAGGGAGUGCUAUUGCUAAUAUCAUCUGGUGAACACUUCCCCUUUUAUGCAUAUUAUAUGCCUACAGGAGUAAGGAUGAUUUGGGUUCCUAUUACAAAGGUUGAGAAGAUGGAUAUACAAAAAAUUCAUCGUUCUAUCGACUCUUCUCAAAAUAGUGCAAUGGUUUGUCAUAAACCGGUUACACAAGUAUUCAGAAGAUUUCUUAAAGAUAAAUGCUUUCCCGCUUUUCAAGCGGGGAAUGAUCCUAUUGUCAUUUCACUGGACAAACGAGGAAGAUUGGUCCAUUAUAAUGCAUUGCACAUGAUACUGACAUGGGGAAAUCAACAAUGUGAAGAGACAACAAUGAGCCAUAAUUUAAUCCCUUCUUUAGAAAAUGAGUUGAGGGAAAGGACUUUAGGUGCUGACCGUGUGAUUGAUGAUAUUGUCACACGAAUACAUGAUUUUGCAAGUGAGGUUCGCAAUAACAUCGACAAUUGGGUGAAGGAUAUUAGAGACAAAAUGAAAAGUUCGUUCCGUUCCUAUAAUUACACAAGUGAGAGAGAGCAAGCUCUAUGGAAUAAAGAAUCUUGGAGCCUUGUACUUGUGGCAUCGUUUGCCAUCUUGAUUAUUCUUGGCAUAAUGGGGAUUGGUGAUGAAGGGUACAUUUUGUUAUGUGGAGGCAAUGACAAUAAACAAGUACUAGAAUUUACACUAAAGAUACAGGAAGUUUGUUCCAAAACUCAAAUGAAUAUAGGAAUUGCCUACAUUGGAAGAAGUGAGAAGGUGAAGGUAGAAAUGGAAAGGCUGUGUGAGCAGUGUGGUUUUGAAUUUUUUUCUGUAGGUAUUAAGGAGUUUUGGAGACGACUUGAAAGCAUGGCCUCGUCUAGGAUUCAAUAUUUAAUUACGACGGGGCUUGAGGAAGGGAAUGAUGAAAUUAUGCAAGGACUCAAAAAAUUGUUAGCUUACGAAGCUGAAGGUUCAACUGGUGCUGGAGUAUGGGCUUUGUUAAGCAAAGGAAACAAAAUAAUUGCAUGUGAUAUGGGAGAUAAAAUACUUGGAGUCAUGAAUGAGUACGAGAAAUAGAAAGACAACGCACAAGCAAAAGGUUUUGAGCAGGGAUUUAGAGAUUGCUAUGAGAUGCUUAAUUAUUCCUCUCAUACUUCAUACCAACGACACCCUUGUUGUUCUCUCAAUUAUCCUUCUAAUUUUGACAAAAUCCUGGACACCGAGUCAUCAUGCCCUCAAUGUAAUCACAAUAUGCAUAAAUUUGUCACUUUCUCUUGUUGUCAUACUUUUGAAGAGUAUUAGAGUCAAAUAGAAAGUACAUUGAAAGUGUAUAUAUUCUACCUCAUGCCAUUUGAGAUUGAAUUGGUUCCUCCUAACAUGUGCUUUGAUUAAUCAUGAUUGAAUUGAAAUUUUAUCAA